AUGGGUUCUUUGGCGGCAGCCAACGGGGCCGGUCAUGCGAGCAAUGGCGCCGGCGUCGCGGACCAGGCGCUGGCGCUGGAGAACGGCACCGGCAAUGGGCACAAGGCCGGCGUCGCCAACCGAGCGACGCCGGCACUGCAGGCGAACGGCGGCAGCAAGGUGGCGAAGAAGAUCAGCCCGAAGGACAAGUACUGGGUGGCCGCCGACGAGGGGGAGAUGGCGGCCGCCAUAGCGGACGGCGGCGAGGACGGCCGGCGGCCGCUGCUGUACCGGACGUUCAAGGUCAAGGGCAUCCUCCUGCAUCCCUACAGGAAAAAUGAGCUUAGUAAUCCGAGUCUUAAUGAUCACGAGCCAAUCUUUAACAAGCUGGUGCUUUGCCGACUGAAAGCACUCGUAGGCCUGCUGCAAAUGGAAAUGUUGCUGAGCUUGAUCAGAUUGGUUGCUAUCGUCCUAUUUUUCAUAUGGCGUGUCAGGCACCCAUACGCUGAUGGCAUGUGGCUCUGGUGGAUAUCGAUGGUUGGGGAUCUUUGGUUUGGCGUCACUUGGUUGCUAAACCAAGUUGCAAAGCUCAACCCUGUCAAGCGUGUCCCCAACCUUACCCUCUUGGAACAGCAGUUUGAUCUCCCUGACGGCAACUCCAACCUUCCUUGCCUUGAUGUCUUCAUCAACACCGUUGAUCCCAUUAAUGAACCUAUGAUAUACACUAUGAACUCCAUCAUAUCCAUCCUUGCUGCAGACUAUCCAGUUGACAAGCAUGCUUGCUACCUCUCAGAUGAUGGUGGGUCAAUAAUCCAUUAUGAUGGCUUGCUUGAGACUGCAAAAUUUGCUGCAUUAUGGGUUCCCUUUUGCCGAAAACAUUCCAUUGAGCCAAGAGCCCCUGAGAGCUAUUUUUCUUUGAAUACACGCCCAUACACUGGAAAUGCACCACAAGACUUUGUCAACGACCGCAGGCACAUGUGUAGAGAGUAUGAUGAGUUCAAGGAGCGGUUAGAUGCACUUUUUACCCUUAUUCCCAAACGGUCAGAUGUGUACAAUCAUGCUGCUGCCAAAGAAGGUGCAAAGGCAACUUGGAUGGCAGAUGGGACACAGUGGCCAGGCACAUGGAUUGACCCAGCUGAAAAUCAUAAGAAAGGACAACAUGUUGGAAUUGUUAAGGUUAUGUUGAAACAUCCAAGUUAUGAACCAGAACUUGGUCUAGGAGCAAGCACCAACAGUCCUCUAGACUUCAGUGCAGUUGAUGUGCGCCUCCCAAUGCUCGUUUACAUCUCCCGCGAGAAGAGUCCAAGCUGUGAUCAUCAAAAGAAGGCAGGUGCCAUGAAUGUACAGUUGCGAGUCUCUGCCCUCCUGACCAAUGCGCCCUUCAUCAUCAACUUCGAUGGUGACCACUACGUCAACAACUCUAAAGCCUUCCGUGCUGGCAUAUGUUUCAUGCUCGAUCGCCGUGAAGGUGACAAUACUGCCUUUGUCCAGUUUCCCCAACGCUUCGAUGAUGUUGAUCCCACAGAUAGGUACUGCAAUCACAAUCGUGUCUUCUUUGACGCCACCUUGCUCGGCCUCAAUGGCAUCCAAGGGCCGUCUUAUGUUGGCACUGGUUGCAUGUUCCGCCGUGUCGCACUUUACGGUGUUGACCCACCUCGCUGGAGACCUGAUAACGUCAAGAUCGUGGACAGCUCCACCAAGUUUGGCAGUUCAGCAUCAUUCAUCAGCUCAAUACUGCCAGCAGCAGACCAAGAACGCUCCAUCAUGUCGCCGCCGGCACUUGAAGAGCCUGUCAUGGCUGACUUAGCUCAUGUCAUGACAUGUGCAUAUGAGGACGGGACUGAAUGGGGCAGAGAAGUUGGUUGGGUGUACAACAUUGCAACUGAGGAUGUGGUGACCGGCUUCCGGCUGCACCGGAAUGGGUGGCGAUCCAUGUACUGCCGCAUGGAGCCAGAUGCAUUCGCCGGCACCGCACCAAUCAACCUCACUGAGCGGCUCUACCAGAUCUUGCGCUGGUCAGGGGGCUCCCUUGAGAUGUUCUUCUCGCGGAACUGCCCACUCCUGGCUGGCCGCCGCCUCCACCCAAUGCAAAGAAUUGCCUAUGCCAACAUGACAGCCUACCCAGUUUCAUCUGUCUUUCUUGUGUUCUAUCUCCUCUUUCCGGUGAUAUGGAUCUUCCGUGGGCAAUUCUACAUACAGAAGCCAUUUCCCACGUAUGUGUUGUACCUCGUCAUCGUCAUCGCCCUGACCGAGUUAAUCGGUAUGGUUGAGAUCAAGUGGGCUGGGCUCACGCUGCUGGACUGGAUCCGCAACGAGCAGUUCUACAUUAUUGGUGCAACAGCCGUGUACCCUACAGCAGUAUUUCACAUAGUGCUGAAGUUGUUUGGCCUGAAGGGCGUUUCAUUCAAGCUGACGGCGAAACAGGUAGCAAGCAGUACCAGCGACAAGUUUGCUGAACUGUAUGCCGUGCAGUGGGCUCCGAUGCUGAUCCCUACCAUGGUGGUGAUAGCGGUGAAUGUCUGUGCCAUUGGCGCGUCGAUAGGCAAGGCGAUAGUGGGAGGAUGGUCACUGAUGCAGAUGGCAGAUGCAGGACUUGGGCUGGUGUUCAACGCGUGGAUUCUGGUGCUGAUCUACCCGUUUGCUCUGGGUAUGAUUGGACGGUGGAGCAAGAGGCCCUACAUCCUGUUCAUUCUCUUUGUGAUUGUGUUUAUUUUGAUCGCCUUGGUGGAUAUCGCCAUCCAGGCCAUGCGCUCUGGGUUUGUUCGGUUCCACUUCAAAAGCUCAGGUGGCGCCACUUUUCCCACAAGCUGGGGUUUGUAA